AUGCAGCCUUUUCACUGCACGGCUCCCGCCUACUCGAGACCGCAGAGCGAAGCCGCCGCCGCCGCCGCUUCCUCGCUGCCGCUCGCCUAUCGCCCGCCCGCCGCCUCGAGGUCCGAUGCCCGCCUGGCCGCCAUUGCUCGCUGGAGCGCCCAGUGGCACAACGGACACCUCUUCCUCCGGGAUCCCCUCCGCGGCUACAUCGAGAUAUCGCCUCAGGUGAUUCCCCCGCAGUCCUUCUUCAACGACUCCACCUACCACGACGAACGCUCCGAUGUCUGGCUCUCGCAGAUCGACCACGCCCAGUACCUGUAUACCGUGCGUGAGGACCACGGCAUCCUGGCCUUCAAGGUUCAUCCCCAAGUUGCCCGUCCAACCCUCCCCGCUCCCGAGGCCGUUCUGGGCAAGCGCGCUCUGAGCAACGAGCUCAGCACACCGCCCCCGCCCCCGAAGAAGACACGAGCCACGGCGAAACAUGCAGGGCCCACUAGAAUACGGAAGGACCGCCGUGUUCAGACGCCCGUCUACGACGAUGUUUGGAAAAGGAUAUUCGAGCUCAGCGAUCCCGCCAUGCUGUUCACCUAUGAGCGAGUCAACAAGGCCUUUCGCGGCGCCCUUGCCACCUACAGUCAUAUCUGGAAGAACAGCAUGGUCGACCACUUCGGAGACGGCCUUCCGGAAACCCCCAAGGAUCUUCAGGAUCGUCAGUAUGCAGAUCUGCUGUCCGGCCAAGGCUGCAUGUCAUGUAAAGAGCCGAAGGCACGCAAGACUUAUUGGGCCUUUCUGCGUCGCUGGUGUACCAAGUGCUUCAGCGAAAAAGUAAUCAAGCAAGAGGACUGCUUUGCCAUCAAUCGCAAAUUCCCUGGUAUUCUUGAGUGUAUUCCUUGUGCAACUGUGGAUUCUUGGAACCAUUACUCAUAUGCCGGGUGGGGAGAUGAAAACGGUCGUUCGACUGCAUCGGGAAACCAACCCGUCUUUUUGAAGGAUGAUGUGAGCGCGGUCGCUGCCGCCUACGAGGAGUUCAUGGGUACCUCGGAAGAAGGCGACGCGUCCGCCGAAGAAAAGGAGGAGAAACGGACGGAGUGGAUCAAGGAGCGUAGGGAAAAAGCCAAGGAGGUCAUGGACGAGCGCCUGGAGAUCGACAAAUUCGAAAAGAAGUGGAUCGCUGCCAGAGCCCAGAAGAGCGUGGAUCUCAAGAACAUGCGCAGGGAAUUCAUCAUCCGCAGGGCCAAAAAUCUCGAUCCCCCCAUGUGCGAGGAGGUGCUCAAGCUCAUCCCGGCAUUUCAGGAAAACAUCAAGAUCAACAAGGAGUUCAAGACGGAAAAGUUCUGGAAGGUCCUUAUGCCCAAGCUGGAGGAAGCUCGUCCCAUGGCAGAGAGGCUUUACGCAAUGGAGACUAGAGCCAACGAGGUCGGUUACUGGGAUCUCUUGCCUAACUUACAGAACCAAACCAAUCAAAUGAGCACUUGUGCCCCCGGUGCUUACCACCAGCUCAUGGCGUUGGUAGACGCUUCGUUGAAAAGGGUCCACAACUUGGGUGCUCACAGCAAAGUGCAAAUUCCUCACCAAGAGUUUGCACUGCGUGUUCUGAACAUGGUCCGCCGGUCUUGGCCCCUGCAACCUCUUGCUGCCCAUUCGCAGAUUCCGGAUCGAUCGCCUUUCAUUGACUGCUAUCCUCGAGAUGGCCGAUACGUCCUUACGAUUGAGCAUGCAUGCAGGAUAUACGAACGAAAAGUCGUCCCUAACUUGGAAGGGCUUUAUCCUGAAUUCCGGCAACCGACCCGCAACGUCCAGAAGUUCAAGUGCCCAGGAUGCAAACGGAAUGACGUUAGCAAGCAACGCACAUUCCGGCAGUUGAUGAAUCACAUACGUGAAGAUCACGCUGGGACAAUUGGCGAUUUCCAGGUCUUCCGACUUGCGGGAUUCAGGACUGAGCCCUACUUCUGCGCGGUUCCCUGGCCCAUGAAUCUGCCGGCUCUCACGGACAAGCAGAAGUCUACUGGUACGUGGGAUAAGGACUCUGAACCGGAAUACGGUACAGUCGACACAUCUGCAGAGCAACCUCAAGACAUCCUACAGUCUGCAUUCGCUCGAAAAGACGUGUGCCCUCCCGAAUCGCUUCCGAACGCGACUUCCACAGGAUCCGCAGAUUUUGUCGGUAACGUUCGAGAUGCUCUGCGUGUUCUCGAGGGUACGGGGCUGAGCGCGGCUAUUCGUAGCAAAAUCGUCAUCGAGUACGCCGACCGCCAAUGCAAAAAGGCGGAGGGCAAGGACGCUUCACUCGACUGGCAUACUCUGCGUUUCGAGGUGGAUGCGUUCCUGAUGAGCAGCAACAACCACGACAUCUUGGACAAAAUGUGUUGUGGUGUCUGCCGGAAGGCCACAGAUGGCAAGACACGUGGUGGCAAGAACUAUGCAAGGAUGUCCAGCUCCCGUGCUGAGCUGAUACGGCACUUCGGCACACACCACCAAUCGAACGUCCAGACCUGGCCAAAGGACAUGUUUACGCUUCCCAGCGACGAAGACGUCACGCGGGCGUUGAGCGAGGCUUCUGUUGACGCCAACAGGGCUUUCCAUACACUUUUCCCCGACUCUAAAGAACCGCCAAAGAGGGAGUUGGUUGGCAUGGAUAUUUUGGCAACCGUCGCAAAUCAACAACAAAGGUUCAACAGUCGUCCAUCAAAAGUGACGAUGGCUCAGUGGCGCCAACAACAUCCUACGCAAGAUCCGAUGUCCGCUCAACACCUCCGGCCACCCAUUCCUCAGCCUUUCAGCCUUCAGCAGCACCAACAACAGCCUCACCAGCAUCAAAAUCAACAUCAGCACCAAAAUUCGCAACAGCACCAACCACAUCGACCGCAUCAGCAACACCCACAUCGGCACUCGCACCAGUCUUUGAUGCCUCUACAUCCUCAACAACUGAAUCCGCAUGAUCGUCCGAUACAAUCCCAAUUUCAACAUCAGCAGGCACUGCACUUGUCCGGCCAUUCUUCGCAGCAGCAGCAGCAGCAGCAGCAGCAACAUCAGCAGCAACAUCAGCAACAACAACAGCAGCAGCAGCAGCAACAACAGCAACAACAACAACAACAGCAGCAGCAGCAGCAGCAGCAGCAGCAGCAGCAGCAGCAGCAGCCACAACAACAACAACAACAUCAACAACAUCAACAACAUCAACAGCAGCAACAGCAACAGCAAACGCAAACGCAAAGCCAGCAUUCGUAUGGCUAUCAACCUAUUCAUCAUUUACCUGCCUCACGGUAUCGUCUCUAUCAACCGUAA